UUUUCUGGUUUUGUUCAAUUCUGUCAAUUGGCACAGAGCUAGGGUUUGUAAGACUUUCUGAAAUUUUGAAAGUGCUAAAUUUCAGACCUUUCCCACCCAAAAUAUUGGUUUAUAUCAGAAGUUCGGGCGGUGUUACUGAAACCCUAAAAGCUCUGUUUCUGUGAACACACACAGAAAUCUUGUAGUUCUUCAGUAAAAAGCUUUGAGUGUUCUGAUUUGGUAUUAAACUUCUGUAGUCAUGAUCAUCUUCUGGGAAAGAAAAAUGGCCAAGGGUUGUAGAAUCUAAUACUUUUUCUCAUAUUAUGCUUACUGCUCUAGUUAAGUAAAGAGGAAGUGUACUGAGACUCUCAAGGAAACUAUGGAGUGCAAUAAAGAUGAUGCGGUCAAGGCUAAGGAACUUGCUGAGAAGAAGUUUGCAGAAAAAAAUUAUGCUAGUGCUAAGAAGUUUGUUUUGAAGGCUCUGAAUUUGUAUCCCGAGCUUGAGGGUCUCUCCCAAAUGUUGACUACACUUGAUGUUUACAUCUCUUCGGAGAAUAAAAUUAAUGGGGAAGCGGAUUGGUAUGGAGUACUUAGUGUUACUCCAUAUACUGAUGAUGAGACGAUUAAGAAACAGUAUAGAAAGUUGGCUUUCAUGCUUCAUCCUGAUAAAAACAAGUCUUUUGGUGCAGAAGGCGCAUUUAAAUUGGUUUCAGAGGCCUGGAGUUUGUUAUCAGACACGGCCAAGAGGGUAGCAUAUAACCACAGGAGGAAUUUACAAGGGUUUCAACAGGAAGCAGCGUCCAGUACUGGGGGUCCGUCAGUGCAACCUAGUGCAAGCACCUUUCAAAAUUCUAUGAAUAGUGUCAGGAAGACUGUAAAAACGUCUCAACAGGAAGCUGCACACUGUAGUGGGGGUCCAUCAACGCAACCUAGUGCAAGUACUUUUCAGAAUGUUAUGAAUGCGAAGACCCAGCAACCUAGUGCAACUACCUUUCAUAAUGUUAUGAAUGCGAGGACUAAGCAACCUCGUGCAUCUACCUUUCAGAAUGUUAUGAAUGCAAGGACCCAGCAUGGUCCCACCCUGAUACCUUCGUGUGCAAAAGCUGCUACUUUUUGGACUGUUUGCAACCAUUGCAAAACUCAUUAUCAGUAUGUCAGGAUGUAUCUUCGUCAUCUUCUUGUCUGCCCUAAUUGUAGGAAUACUUUCUUGGCUGUAGAACGGGCUCCACCUGCGGAGCUUUUCAAGGCGUCCAAAAGCUCUUCUUCCCAGCAGCAUCAGAAUUCAAGACAACAUGCUGCUGGAGGUAACUCAAAUAGUUCUGGAAGACACUGCGCUGCAACUCAAAAUGUGGGAGCUGGGGGGUCUUUGGGUCCUAAUUCAAACAACAACACAAACUUAAACCAGGGCUCUACCUCCAAAAUGACUAGUAUCAGUAGCACAGUUGCAUCGGGUCAUGUUGCUGUGGACGGGGGUCAGCAGACAAGUGAGAAUGUAAAGAGAGACGCAGAGCGGAGACAGUCAAUUGCUGAAUGGGAAAGGAGUCAAAAUUUGAAUGGAAAUCCUUCAUUGAAAAAGAGAAGGAUGGAUGAUCCUCAUUUGAACGGCUAUGAUAAAAACAAGGCGAAUCAAAUGUCCAUGGGAAAUGGUGGAGCCGACUUGGGAGCUAUAUCUGAGUUGAGUAAAGGUAAUGCUGGAACGAAAAGAAUUUAUGGUUUCUCUAGUACAUACGAUAGGCCUAAGGUCCUCAGAGAGGUUCCAUAUCCGGUAAUAAAAAAAGCUCUGGUUGAGAUGGCACUAACUUCAAUUCGCAAUUUUCUUGAGCGGAGCUCAGCAACUGAAGCAAAGCAGGCAAAGAAAGAGCAAGAAACUGUGAAAGUAAAUAAGAAACAGAAGAGUGUGGGAAAUGUUGACACAAGUACAAACAGUGGUCCAAAUGUAGAGGAUAAGUCACCAAUGCCGAUCAAUGUUCCAGAUCCCGAUUUUCAUAAUUUUGACAUGGAUCGAACUGAAAGAUCCUUUAGAGAGGACCAAGUUUGGGCUGCAUAUGAUGAUGAUGGUAUGCCUCGUUAUUAUGCUCGAAUUCAGAAAGUGAUCUCCUUGAGGCCGUUUAAGAUGCGGAUCAGUUGGCUUAACUCGAGAAGCAACAAUGAAUUGGGUCCGCUGAACUGGGUAGGUUCUGGUUUUGCUAAAACCUGUGGGGAUUUCUGGCCUGGCAAAUAUGAAAGUACUGGUACUUUAAAUUCUUUCUCGAGCAAGGUUAAUUGGACAAAAGGCAAGCGAGGGGUGAUUCGUGUAUUUCCUACAAAGGGGGAAAUCUGGGCUCUAUAUAGGAACUGGUCCCCUGAUUGGAAUCAGCAUACACCAGAUGCAGUAAUCAACAAAUAUGACAUGGUGGAACUACUCGAUGACUAUACUGAGGAACACGGUGUGUCUGUCGCUCCUCUAUCUAAGAUUGCUGGUUUUAAAACAGUGUUCCGUAAGCACACAGACCCCAAGGAAGUGAAGAGGAUUCCUAAAGAGGAGAUGUUCCGUUUCUCGCAUCAAGUCCCUAGUCACUUGCUUACUGGCGAAGAAGCUUAUAAUGCCCCAAUAGGUUGUUGGGAAUUGGAUCCAGCAGCUCUCCCUUCGGAACUUUAUCAAGUUAUAACAGAAGCUCAUGAUGCACCAAUGAAACAGAAUGAUGUUAAAACAGAUGAAGAAAUUCCAAAACCUCUACCAAUGAUGACCGACGACAGUGGUACAUGCCAAGUUGGCCAAGGAAACUGAAGCUGUAAGCGCAGCACCCAUAGAUUAUGGACAUUGCUAGAAGAUAAUACCAGUCGUCUGGAUAGGUUUGGCCAUUUUUGUUUAUGCUAACCCUUUUUGUUUUUGCUAUGACCCGUCGCAAAUGUACAUGCUGCUGCAUUAUUUGCAGCAAUUGGUUAGCAGGUGGUGGUGAUACCAUCUUUUUUUUUUUGCAUUUUGUGGGAAAUGAAAGGUCAGAUGGUCAUUGGAUUUUAGGAAAGUUGAAAACUUUUGUAUACUCAUGCCUGAUCUCUCUGAAGAUCAGUUUUAUAAUUGUAGUUUGGAAAAUGAAGGUUAUUUUGCAUCUUUCAGUGGACUA